AGCAACAGAUACGUGUGCUUGUGAGGGUGACAAGUGACAAGCAAUCAGUUCCUUCUACAAACAAAAUAGUAUAUGGCCGAUAGAUAGUCUACAAGUAAACGAAGGAAGCAAGAUCAUUUCUUCCUACUUAACAAAAGAUAGAAAGAGACACACGGUAUCUUAUCCCAUAGGACACCAUGAUCCUUCCAUUAGAAGUUGCAAUAACGUGAUAGAAAUGGUUUUUAGAUACUUUCUUUUAUGGCUAGCUAUAUAUUCUGCACCUGAUCCCCCCUCACCGGACUUUUAAAUCACAUAAUUCUUUUUUAUUUGUUCCUGUGUAUCCAAUUCCAAAUUCACCCAUAAAAUACUUCCUUUCUCACUACUCACAUGAUGGAGGGAGAUGAGAAUAUUCAAGCAUCAAAGGGGAAAAAUGAUGAAAGCUUCGCCAGCUUGGAGGCACCAAGGAAGAAAAACAAGAAGAUAGAAAACAAGAGGAGGUUCAGUGAUGAACAGAUAAGGUCACUAGAAUGCAUAUUAGAGACAGAGUCAAAGCUUGAGCCAAGGAAGAAGAUGCAACUGGCAAGAGAUCUUGGCCUGCAGCCUCGCCAAGUUGCCAUAUGGUUUCAAAACAGAAGGGCGAGGUGGAAAUCAAAACGCAUAGAGCAAGAAUACAGGAAACUGAAGGAUGAAUAUGACAAUUUAGCAUCUAGGUUUGAGUCCCUAAAGAAAGAGAAGGAGUCUUUGCAAGUAGAGUUGCAGAAGCUAAGUGAUUUGGUGGUGUCAUCACAUGAUGGUGGAAGGGAAGACAAGAGUGCCAAAGAACACAGCAUAGAGGAUGGUGGUUCAGGCAGUGGAUACAGCAGUUGGAAGCCUGAAGCAAAACCAAGGUUUUCAAAUGAGGGUUUGGAAGAGAGAUUAGGUGUGUAUUCAGAUGAUCAGAACGAGAAUAGCAUCAUGAGGAGUGAGAAAUCUGAGGACAAAGGACACCAACUUCUCAGAAUGGAUGAUAAUGAUCACGCUGAGAUGCCAUUAGCAUCACUUGAAAAAUGGUACAGUAGUGUGGACCCUAAUGGCAUCUUGGACCAGUCAUGUAGCAGCUCUCAGUGGUUAGAUUUCUGGACUUAAAAAAGUGAACAACACUCUGCGUUCCAUGUAUGAUGUUUGUUUCCUCCAACNUAAAGAAAGAGAAGGAGUCUUUGCAAGUAGAGUUGCAGAAGCUAAGUGAUUUGGUGGUGUCAUCACAUGAUGGUGGAAGGGAAGACAAGAGUGCCAAAGAACACAGCAUAGAGGAUGGUGGUUCAGGCAGUGGAUACAGCAGUUGGAAGCCUGAAGCAAAACCAAGGUUUUCAAAUGAGGGUUUGGAAGAGAGAUUAGGUGUGUAUUCAGAUGAUCAGAACGAGAAUAGCAUCAUGAGGAGUGAGAAAUCUGAGGACAAAGGACACCAACUUCUCAGAAUGGAUGAUAAUGAUCACGCUGAGAUGCCAUUAGCAUCACUUGAAAAAUGGUACAGUAGUGUGGACCCUAAUGGCAUCUUGGACCAGUCAUGUAGCAGCUCUCAGUGGUUAGAUUUCUGGACUUAAAAAAGUGAACAACACUCUGCGUUCCAUGUAUGAUGUUUGAUUCCUCCAACAAGGAACAAAGAUCGGUUCAUACUUGGCUGGAAGAUCUUGUGCUGCCAACUGGUCAAAACUCAACAUUCCAGCCUUGAAGAAUGUCGAAUAGGCCAAGAAACUGGAAAAAAGUUUUGUAGGCUUGAUUUGAUAGGGAGAGAAUUAAGCUAGCCUCACCAAAUUCAAUUGUGUAGAGAUUUGGAAAAGGAAAUAAUGUGAAAUGAUGUCUCUGUUUGUUCA